AUGGCGCCAUCGUCUGUUUCGGCCGAGCUAGACUCCCUCUUAGCUGCAGCUCGCCCGCUCCUCCGGGAAGAGUACGACUCCGUCGACGAGAGACUCCCUUCCUUGCUCGCCGCACUUCGGGAGAGAGGAGCAGGGGAGAACUGGCACAAGGAUGGGAAUUUCGUCGAGCACCUUUACGGCACUUACAGGACACUCAAGCAGUGGGGGGCACCGCCGGAAAUCUGCCGCUGCGGCCUCUUCCACUCCGCCUACGCCACCUCCUACCUCAACCACGCCCUCUUCGACCACGACGCCGCCGGCAGGGAACUCGUCCGCGGCCACAUCGGCGAGGCCGCCGAGCGGCUCGUCCACCUGUUCCACGUCGCGCCGCGACAGAAGCUCGUGCACGACGUGCUCCUGGCGAACUACUCCGACGAGGAACUCGUCGACCACGUGGCAGCAUCGUCGCGUGACGUCGUCGUCGACGACGUUGACCAACCGUGGAGGAAGAAGCUGAGUUCGAUUCUCCCCGCCGGAGGAGUGGCGGUGAAGAAGAAGGCGAAAACAGGGGAUGAUGAUGAUCUGGAUCUCCACUUAUCAAGGAGGGUAGUGGCUCUGCUGCUCCUGUUCACGAUGGCGGAUUACGCCGAGGAAAUGUUCGGCUUCCAGGACGAGAUGUACGAGAAUUCCAACGGGAAGAUGGAUUUCUCCGGCGGGAAUUUCUUGGCUUUGUGGCCAGGGGAAGCGAAGCCAGGGCUGUGGGUCAACAUGGUAUCCAGAGCUGGUGCUUUGUACAAUCUAAUCGCUCGAGAAGAGCAGCUUUUCAUCGCCGAAAGGAAAAGGGCAGGAGGGAUAUCAGUGGAUCGAGAUCGGGACGAGGAGAUUGAGCUCGUGGUUCCCCCGAUUUUCGAUCAUUGCACGAAGGUUUUGGGAGCUGAAGAGCAGAUAGUGGCGCGGGACAAGUACUGGGAAGCUGUUUGUGGAAAUGCCUCGGAGAAGAAGAAUGAUGUGGAGAAGUUGCUGGUGGAGAGUUUGGGGAAGAACCCGUAUCUUGGUGACCCGUAUUUAGUGUUGGGUCAGGUCUAUUUGGGGAGAGGAAGGUUCGAGGCGGCGGAGAGAGCUGCGGCAGAAGGGCUGGAGCUGCUGUUGCAGUGGGGGACGCCAUGGGACAAGAGGGUGUCUUGGGAAGGAUGGGUUGCUUGGGGAAGGGUUCUGUUGAUGAAGGCGCAACUGAAGUCAUGGCCGCCGGCGCAGUGGGGUGUUCAUCGGUUGGGAGCUAGGAAAGAUUGA